ACUGUCCACGCCCACUCAGUGUUGGUUUUCGUUUGACAGCGAGUGAAGUUUUGGGAGUCACCACGACUGCGCAUUUCAUUCUUAAAUCAGUGUAUUUUCUGCCUUCAUUUUGACGGAUUCACAAUGGAUCUUUCUCCAGACAUGGAAUAAAAAGUAAUCAUGGUGGUGAAUUCGGUGCAUUGGUUUCGCAAAGGUCUGCGGUUGCACGAUAAUCCGGCGUUGCAGGAGGCCCUGAAUGGAGCGGACACAGUGCGCUGUGUUUAUAUCCUGGACCCGUGGUUUGCUGGCGCCGCUAACGUGGGAAUCAACCGAUGGAGGUUUCUGCUGGAGGCUCUGGAGGACCUGGACAGCAGUUUGAAGAAGCUCAACUCCAGAUUGUUUGUAGUCAGAGGGCAGCCCACUGAUGUUUUUCCGAGGCUUUUAAAGGAGUGGAAAGUGACCAGGUUGACAUUUGAAUAUGACCCAGAGCCUUAUGGGAAGGAGAGGGAUGGGGCUAUCAUGAAGAUGGCCCAAGAGUUUGGAGUGGAGACUAUUGUCAGAAACUCACACACCCUCUACAACCUGGAUAGGAUAAUAGAGAUGAACAACAACAGUCCUCCUCUGACCUUUAAACGGUUUCAGACCAUUGUGAGCAGACUGGAGUUGCCUAGGAGACCUCUGCCUCCCAUCACCCAGCAGCAGAUGGACAAAUGUUGCACUAAAAUAGCUGACAACCACGACCAGCUAUACAGUAUACCUUCACUGGAAGAACUAGGGUUCAGGACAGAAGGUUUGCCUCCAGCUAUUUGGCGGGGAGGAGAGUCAGAGGCCUUGGACAGACUCAAUAAACAUCUGGACAAAAAGGUGUGGGUGGCCAACUUGGAGCACCCCCGGGUCAACACGUGCUCUCUGUAUGCCAGUCCCACUGGCCUCAGUCCCUACCUGCGUUUCGGCUGUCUGUCCUGUAGGGUUUUGUACUACAACCUCAGAGAGCUCUACAUGAAGCUCCGUAAACGUUGCAGUCCUCCUCUGUCCCUGUUUGGCCAGUUAUUAUGGAGAGAGUUCUUCUACACAGCUGCCACCAACAACCCAAACUUUGAUCGCAUGGAUGGAAACCCAAUCUGUGUCCAGAUCCCAUGGGACCAGAACCCAGAGGCACUGGCCAAGUGGGCUGAGGGUCGAACUGGUUUUCCCUGGAUUGAUGCCAUCAUGACGCAGCUAAGACAAGAGGGCUGGAUCCACCACCUGGCCCGACAUGCUGUGGCCUGUUUCCUCACCAGGGGAGACCUGUGGGUCAGCUGGGAGAGCGGCAUGAGGGUGUUUGAGGAGCUGCUGCUGGAUGCAGAUUGGAGUGUAAAUGCUGGUAGCUGGAUGUGGCUGUCCUGCAGUGCCUUUUUCCAGCAGUUCUUCCACUGCUACUGUCCUGUUGGCUUUGGAAGAAGAACAGACCCCUCAGGAGACUACAUCAGGCGGUACAUCCCGAUCUUGAAGGACUACCCAAACCGGUACAUCUAUGAGCCAUGGAACGCCCCAGAGUCGGUCCAGAAGGCAGCCAAUUGUGUGGUGGGAGUGGAUUACCCCAAACCUAUGAUCAACCACGCAGAGGGCAGCAGACUCAACAUUGAGAGAAUGAAACAAGUUUACCAGCAACUCUCCCAUUACAGAGGACUCAGUCUACUAGCAUCAGUACCAACGAUCCAAGAGGAGGCAGAACCACCAAUGACCGAUGAGUCCCAGACGAGUAGUGGCCCUGACUCUCCUCCUAGAGGUCCUGCAGACAGCGAAGCGGCUGGCUGCUCUACAGCUCCUGAUUCAUCCACAGUCUGUGCAUCCUCUACCUAUGCUCUACAUCCAGACCUGAAGGACAAAGGGGACAAUUACCCAUCCAAGAAACCUUACACCUCCUCAGGUUCACUCACACAGUGCUCUGCAGCUAUAACAUCUACAUCUGCCAGCCAUUCUCCAUGUACAACAGCUCCUCUCUCCCCAGCCCAGAGCCCUCUAUCAAGGUCCAAACCAUCCUCCCCAUCCUCUUCAUGUCCCACUUUCUCCGAAUCCCUUAGUCCAACAACAACCCCUACUCAGACCUCCUCUCUUGGGCAGAGGAGGAAAGGCCUGGCCCACAAGGUCCGCCGCAGCCAGAGGCAACGAGGGCGACAGAGUUGGACUCCAGCACCCAGGGAGGGAGGCAGGAAAUUGGAGGAGGAGGAGAGGGAAGAAACGGGCUGGGAGGAGAGGAUGGAGGAGGACAUGGAGCAGGAUGAAGAGAGAAUGGAGGAGGAGCCCUCUGAAGAGACAGCAGGACGUCAGCAGUGAUAUGAGAUGUGGUUUUAAAAGAACACUCCUCAAACAUCUAUCCUUGAAAACUGGACUUAUGAAGAUGUACUGGGGACAGGGUUCUGGACAUGUGGACAACAUGAAUAUACAUACAUACACACAUGUAUCAUGCAUUCAACACAAAUGGAAGCUGUACAAAAGCAUUUUACUCUCAAGAUUCUCUCAGCAUUUAAAUAAGUGUCUUUUGAACCACUCUGACAUUUAGCACAGAAGUCCAGAAUCACUGUAAAUGAUCCGAAAAGAAUUCUUAUAUGAUGAAAUGAAAGCCACGAUCCUAGCAAGUGUUUGACGAGUAACGAGUGAUCUUCUCUUGUACACUUCCAUCUCUUAGACACACACAGCUAAUAAGCAGCAACAUAAUGUACACACCAUAUCUAUUGAACCCUUAAAACACAGUUUGACUAUCAGCAGUAGCACCUCUCUGCUUGUCCUCUCUGCUUCUGCGAAUGUCCCCUCCUUAGAAACAAGCUUGUGCAGGAGCCUGAAGGUCACCUAUUCUGUCUGUACACCAGACUCUUUGCACUCUGUUGUUCUAUAUUCUAGGACAGAACCAUACCUAAGUCAUUUGAAAAAGCAUUGUAUUUUGACAUUUUGCAGAUAUGAUUUUGCAUAACUGUAGUUCAUGAGAUUUAUUUGUGUUGGUGACCACACAGUCCUGGAGUGAUGAACCAGGUCAUUCUCGGUCCUGGCCAGGCCAAAAUUUUUUUGUUGAUUGUUGUUAUUAAAAGGCAGACAGGAAGAACGGCUACAUCUUGUUUCAGACAGAUUUACUGACCAUCAGUGAAAUGUGCUAAACUUAACUGUAUGUUGUAGCUACGUUCAGUGUACAGUUGUCCAUGUUUUGGGCCAGAUUUAGGAGGCAGUCUUUAUAUUCAGAUGGGAAAAUGGUGAUCUGUCUGUCAGACUUCAACAAAGAAAACAAUGGAGGGUAUUUGAGUUCACGUGGCCCUGGUGAUUUUGUUCAGGACAUUCUCCUGUUUUUACCGCAUAAAAACUCAAAGAAACACUAAAGAACAUUACGGAAACUCUACACUUGUAAGUAAUAACAUCUAAAAUGAAUUUACAUGUAAAUGCAAGAUGAACACUUUUGAAAAUUAUAUUUUUGUUUGGAAAAUGAUACUUUUGCUAAUCAACAUCUUUGCUUUGCAGUGAAGAUGUUAAUUAGCGAAAGGGAACAUAACAUUUUUAUAGUCCCCUUCCGAAAAUCAUCAGUUCCCUAUCUGUCUGUAAGGGUCACACAUCUCUGAUGGUUGAGCACGUUUCUAAUGGAACCAUUUGUAAAUAAAUUGGCCAAGGCACUGUACAGCUUUAAUCGGAAGAAAACACACACGAUUUUGAAUUUGCCAUAUUUUUCUCUGGCAAUUGAAAAUACAGUGUGGAAUGAAUGUAGAGGAAAAAAAACUGUUGGGUGUUCUCCCCAUACAUAAUAUUUAUCACAGUUUUUAUUUGAUGUAUGUAAAACUAAACCUGUCUGUUUUACUAAUAAUCUGGUUAAGGGGGUUUCACAAACGCAUGUGUCUUGUUCCUGCCAUGUGUCCACUAGAGGGUAGUAUACCCAGCAGGUUCACAUGGGCAGUGAACUUACAUUUAUCAGACAAGUUGUAAAUUCACGAGAGCUUCGACUGAAGAUCAUGAUCAAGAUUCAGACCUGAUGGUUAUUUUCUGGAUUUAUCAAUUCCAAAUUGUUUCAUUAAAUGUCACAAAAUAGUCAAAUCACCCUAAUUUCACUUCAGUAAAAGAAUGGUGUGUGGCAGUUUAUCUUGAUAAAUUAGCAAAACAGUUAUUACAGUUACAGUAGUUGAAAAAAAUGUGUCAAUUGAUCAAGUAAUUGACAAGAAGUGUAUACAAAUUAUUUCUAGAUUACUCUAACUUGAUUAAAGUGAAACUCGCCAAAAUGCAACCUAGGCUUUUUUUGUGAAUCAUAGUCACAAAAAAACCUAGGUUGCAUUUUGCCGAGAGUUUCACUUUAACUGUCUCUGAAAUAAGUCAGUGUAAUUUGUCUCAAAGCUCCUUGAGGUAAACAUUUUUGUAGUUGAUUAAACUGGUACAAAAUGUCCAAAAUUAUACUUUUGUCUUAUUACUUAUGUAAACUAGAGUUACACUCAGAGCGUAUACCUCCACUAAGGCCCAACAGCCUCUUUUGAUUUAAUCAGGCCUAAUCCAAUAUCAAAUAAAACCUGACUUGGCCUAAAACAGGCCAAAUUACAGAAGAUCAACAAAAUCAAUAUUCAAGCUCACACUAGGAUAUGAUUGACACUCUUUUAUUAACAAUUACAUUAAUAACAAGAGGGAGCAAAUCUCACAUCACACUGUACCAACUGAUGUGUGAUACAUAGCUGUUUGUUUUAACUUGCUCUUGUGUCCUUGAGUGCUUGUAAAGGCAUCUCUAAAUAAAAUGUAUACAUUUUUUUAUUCACAUUCAGAUACUUGGCACAUCAAAACCCAUUAUCCCCUGAGAAGUUGAUAAAUAAGUUGAAAAAUGCCAUUUUAGGUUGUAAUAUAAUUCUGUUGCUUCCCCAGUAGUUUUCCAUAUGUAUUCAAAUCUUGGUCAAAGUCCAUCUGUACUACUAAAAAAAGUUAUUUUCCCAAGCCUUUCUGAAAACUUCAUCAUGUCACAUGACAGGUUUCUGCAUGAUGAUGCUACUGACUCGUGUGUGACAGAGC